AUGGAAACCAGUACGGAAGGCGUGGUGCAACAACGUCACGUCAACAGCGAAGAGGACAUACGAAAUAUCAAGAAAUACGCCCUGAAGCAAAGUCAAGAUCAAAGCAAGCAUAUUACCAAUAGCAAUGGAGCCAUCUGCGAUGAGGCUUUCCUCGUCACAUUUGACGCCGAAGAUGCUGGUAACCCGCUCAACUGGUCCACGAAGCUCAAAUGGGGUGUCACGGCGGCUGUCUCUGGCAUGGCCUUUGUCCGCAUCAUGGUCUCAACGAUGAUGGCACCUGCGAUCAGCACUAUCACAUCUGAACUACACAUGUCCACGCCUGAGGCAUUCAUGGCGCUGUCUGUUUAUCUCUUGGCAUCAGCAUUUGGACCGCUUUUCAUCGGCCCCCUGUCAGAGAUUUAUGGCAGAAAGGUCAUCUUCCAUGCUACCAGUGUGUGGUUCCUAGUGUGGAAUCUAGUUUGUGGCUUCGCGAACUCAAAGGGUCUGCUUAUUGCCGCCCGUCUGCUAGCUGGCUUUGGCGCGAGUGCAGCAUACAGUCUAGCAUACGGGGUGCUCGGCGAUGUAUGGCCUCCAGAACAGAGAGGACGCUCCGUGAGCCUGUACUUGCUCAUUCCACUCACUGGAGCCGCCAUUGGUCCCAUAAUUAGCGGCUUCAUUGUUGAGUAUUCCACUUGGCGAUGGAUGUUCUGGUCUGCUACCAUUCUCCAGGUUGUUCUCGAGGCAAUCUCACUCCUCGUGCUAUACGAGAGUUACGCCCCCUUUCUCCUUCGCAAGCGAGCUGAAAAACUGCGCAAAGAUACUGGCAACUCUCGCUACCACGCCACCAUCGAGAUGCGCGAAUCCGGCCGCUCGACCAUGUGGAAGCUGCGCCGCAGUUUAUCCCGUCCCCUGCGCCUCUUGGCGUUUCAUCCAAUCAUCCAGAUCCAGGCCAUCCUCGCAGGCAUCAAUUACGGCUUGUUAUAUUUUGCGUUGGCCAGUUUUUCUUCACUACAUAUCUCCGCGUACGGGGAAUCCGUCGCCACGUCUGGCCUGCACUACAUUGCCAUCUGCAUUGGCGAGAUACUGGGCUCCCAGCUGUGUGGCCCACUCAUGGACUUUGUAUACAAAAGGAUGAAAAGCCACUCAGGCGACGGGGGUGUACCCGAGAUGCGCAUUCCAAUUCUGUUGCCAGGCGUCUUCUUCACCCCCAUAGGCUUCCUGCUUUACGGCUGGGCGGCGCAAUACCACCUCUACUGGCUUGUUGUCGACGUGGGUGCUGCUUUGCUGGCCCUCGGUAUGCAAAUAUUCGAUACCACCUUGCAUGCCUAUGUCAUGGAUGCGUACCCCGAACACAUUAGCUCGGCAUCGGCUGCAACCCAGGUGCUCAGGAGUCUGCUCGCGUUUGCAUUUCCAUUAUUCUCGGACGAGAUGUAUAAGACUUUGGGAUACGGGUGGGGCAACAGUCUGAUGGCGUUUUUGUCCAUCGGUAUCACGUUGCCGGCUACGGGCAUACUGUGGCGCUACGGUGCAACGUUGAGAGCCAGACGAGAUUCGAGUUAUUGA